ACCGAAAGGGCCGAGCUCGGGACGCGGCGCCGAACUUGAUUCACCUUCACCCCUGCGGCGCGUCCGCCGAGCCUCAGGCGAAUCCCGGCGAGCAGUAAACCAUGAACGGGAGAGUGGAUUAUUUGGUCACGGAGGAAGAAAUCAGUCUUACUAGAGGACCCUUAGGGCUGGGCUUCAACAUCGUCGGUGGGACAGAUCAGCAGUAUGUCUCCAAUGACAGUGGCAUCUACGUCAGCCGAAUCAAAGAGAAUGGGGCUGCAGCCCAGGAUGGGCGGCUCCAGGAGGGUGAUAAGAUCCUCUCGGUAAAUGGCCAAGACCUAAAGAACCUACUGCACCAGGAUGCUGUGGACCUCUUUCGUAAUGCAGGCUAUGCUGUGUCCCUGAGAGUACAGCACCGGUUACAGGUGCAGAAUGGACCUAUAGGACAUCGAGGUGAAGGGGAGCCAAAUAGUAUUCCUGUAGCUGUGAUGCUGUUGCCAGUGUUUGCUCUCACUAUGCUAGCAGCCUGGGCCUUCAUGAAAUACCGACAACAGCUUUGAAAGACUUGCUUCCUGCCAGUGCUCCCAGUGAACUUAUGCUUCUCUUACCCUCCUUCCCUGCUGUUCUUCCAUAUCUUUCCCCCUUCUCUGCAUAACCAACACAUGAUUGAAAGUGACUUGAUUCCUACCUAGAACCUUGAUGUUCAAAUCUCCAAAUGUUUAUAUUCUGAUGGGAGAGUAAAGAUAUUCUUUGAAGGAAA